AACAACAUGUAACUGUCAAUGGUUUUGGAUGUUUCAAUUUUAUGUCUUAGAUACUUUUUCGUAGACUUGAAAGGCUCAUGAGGGUAGAUUUCAACUAUUGCUGUAACUGACUCGACAUCCUUGGCUUCUUGCGUGCACGCGGGAUGGAGUCUGAUCCCCUGAAGCAAUGUCAUGUUGUUUGUUACAAUGCUGCCAGGGCCACGCGUCCCGCACACGAAAUUUGCAGAAUGAGCGAAUACAGUGUACAAUGGCAGCUGCUUGGAGGAGGGGCCUAGUAUUCAUGAGGCUAAGGUUUUUUAACGGGAAGAGCCCUGUGGACGACACACUUCUCCGAAGUAGUGCGGUAGGACAUUUCACUACGUCCUAAUAUUCGACUAAGGUAAUUUGGCUUCGACUCACGUGAGGUGAUACACCAGCAUCCACGAGAGUGGCACGUGUUUCCCUGACAGGAUAGGUAUAUUAAAAAGACGUUAAGCUAUAGGCAAUAAGCAUACUGUGUUUAAAUUCAUUUGUUGUUUAUAAAAUUGUGGAAGUUUCGAUUUCGGAAACAUCGAGUAUGCGACAUGAAAACGCAGCUGAUUAUCUAGGCUGUACAAGGAGAAAUCCAUGUGGACCAGUAGGAUACGUUCUGCAACCUUGUCGACCGGCAGCUGUUGCUAGAAGGAACGAGCGCGAGAGAAACCGUGUGCGGCUCGUGAACAUGGGUUUCGCAACGCUUCGACAGCACGUGCCGAAUGGUACGAAAAACAGGAAGAUGAGCAAAGUAGAAACAUUACGAUCUGCCGUGGAGUAUAUAAAACAACUACAAGAGCUCCUAACUGAUCAGGACGGUAGCAGUCAUUAUGAAGAGACUUUUCUUACGACAAAAACUCAUGUUGAUCCUAUUUCCUCUGCUGUGACCCGCAGCCUGUACCAGAGUUACUGUACUGCCUCACCACCCCCGAGCUUUGAACCAGAAGGCUUGACACCCUCCGGACCACAGCAAGAAUCUUUCAAUGUCAACUUUCAGCUAUCUCCAAAUGGGAGCACUGGCUACGAAACCCCAUCCUCGCCAGGUAGCACCACUAACGACAUUUCCUCGGCUAUUUCUAGUGCCAGAGACCACCUCUGUUACUCUACAACUCCGGAAAGGGGUUUUUCAGAAGGAUCUCAACCAGGCUCAGAAGAAAGUGACUUAUUAAACUUCGCCAGUUGGUUUGUUUGAAACCCUCAAUGAGUUAGAUAAUCAACUUUCCGUCUUAUAUAACAGUGAAAUGGUUGUCCUACUACAGUACUUGAUCGUUUUGGAACAACUUGGCGUCCGCAAUGUGAUAAACUGAGUUAACUGACUCAUAUUGGAAGAUAUUUACGCGAGAGUUGGACCUUUUGUUUCUAGCCAGUACUGAUGGUUGUGUUAGACAUCCAUUGUAUUUCUUGUUGUUAAUGUCGAUUUGCAAUGUAUAGUUUUUGUCGUCUGAAAACUCUUGUUGGAUUGAACACGAAAAUCCAUCUUUUACUUGCUGUAAAUGUUUAAAUUUCAAACCGUAUCAGAACUUGGUAAAUAUUUAUAUAUAUAUAUGACAUGUUUUGAUAAAAUAAGAAUAAAUGAUUUUAUUAUUUUUUCAAAACUUUAGGUAAUAUUAUAAUUGAAGAAAGAAUUACUGACUUUACUUUGAAUUUCUUUUUUUUUACAAUACUUGCCCAGCAGUGAGAGGAUCUUUACGAUUUGUUAUUUUUAUAUGUGGUUGUUAUGAGCACAACUGUUACUAUAACAACCAACGGAAACAGAAAGCCAGUACAGUCAGUUUAAAAUUGUGUUUUUUAUUUUUCUAGUAUUUCUAUGUGUAGUGUUUGAUAACAAAGAAAAAUGAUAGAACUGUGUUUCUCCUUUGUGAUACUCUUUUAAAGUGCUAAAACUUAUAUAACAUUUUACAGACAUGUUAGUGCAACUAAUUUGUAAUACUUGCUUUUGAAAUGAAGCAUAAUUCUGAUGUUUUCAGAGAUUUCCGGGGCUGGUAUUUUUUGUAAAAUAGGUUUGUUAUGGGUA